AUGUCGGUUCGCCAGAUUCUCUUCUCCUCCGAGCACGUGAGUGAGGGCCAUCCUGACAAGCUGUGUGACCAAGUUUCAGACGCUGUGCUGGAUGCCUGCCUUACAUUGGAUCCUCUCUCUAAGGUGGCGUGUGAGACGUGCUCCAAGACGGGCAUGGUGAUGAUUUUUGGUGAGAUUACCACUAAUGCGGUGCUCGACUACCAGUCUGUCGUCCGCGAUGCGGUGAAGGACAUCGGGUUCGACGACGGCGAGAAGGGGUUGGACUACCGCUCGUGCAACCUGCUGAUUGCCAUUGAGCAUCAGUCUCCCGAGAUCUUUCAGGGUCUUGGCGACUUUGACGGCGAGGAACUCGGGGCGGGUGACCAGGGCAUGAUGUUCGGCUACGCGACCGACGAGACGGAGACACUGAUGCCGCUCACCUACGAGCUGUCGCGUGGACUUGCUAUGAAGUAUAGUGAACUUCGCCGCAAUGGGACUCUGCCGUGGGCUCGUCCAGACGCUAAGACGCAGGUCACCGUACAAUAUGAAUACGACACGCGUGGCGGCAGGCAACUUCUAACGCCCAAGCGGGUAGCUGUUGUUCUGAUUUCCGCCCAGCACGAUGCCGAGGUGACAAAUGAGACCCUCCGCAAGGACCUCAUGGAGAAGGUUAUCAAGGCGGUGGUCCCCGCCAACAUGCUUGAUGCCGACACAACGUACCACCUGAAUCCCUCCGGCAGCUUUGUGAUUGGUGGCCCCCACGGCGAUGCUGGUCUCACCGGCCGCAAGAUCAUUGUUGACACCUACGGCGGCUGGGGCGCCCACGGCGGCGGCGCCUUCUCCGGCAAGGACCCCUCAAAGGUGGACCGUUCGGCCGCCUACGCCGCCCGCUGGAUUGCCAAGUCGCUUGUCGCCGCGGGUCUUGCCCGCCGUUGCCUUGUGCAACUGGCGUACGCCAUUGGUAUUGCGGAGCCGCUGAACAUUCACAUUGAGACAUACGGCACAGGCAAGUACGACGAUGGACGCAUCCUGGAAAUUGUGAAGAGGAACUUUAAGCUGCGCCCCUACGACAUUAUCAAGCAGCUAGAUCUCCGCCGACCGAUCUACCACAUGACCUCUCGUUUCGGUCACUUUGGUCGAGAAGACAAGAGCGGCCAGGGCGGGUUUACGUGGGAGAUUCCAAAGAAGCUUGACGAGUCGUUCUAA